CUCUUGUAUCAAACACUCACAACUUGGUAGAGUUUUAGUGGGAAAUGGGGAAGAAUGUGGUUGGUGCAAUGUGGGUGUUGUGCCUAGUGGUGGCUCAGAUUGCAGGGGCAGCUGAGGUAUCAUGUGGUGAUGCGGUGAACGCGUUGAUCCCAUGUGGGUCGUUCUUGCUCGGCUCCGGAGCACCGACGCCGAGUCACGAAUGCUGCCAGAGCGCGCAAUCGUUGAACAAGUUGGCCACGACUCCAACUUCACGUCGCGCUUUGUGCCAGUGCCUGAAGCAGACCGGGCCGUCGUUUGGAGUUAAGCCUGAGAGAGCCAAGCAGCUCCCCCCUCUCUGCAAGCUCAAGCUCAACAUACCCAUUAGCCCAACCGUCGACUGCAACAAGAUUUGACUGGUGUGAUGGAAUUAAUGCUCCUCUUUCAUAGUAGAAGCGGUUUGUGAUUGAGUUAUAUAUAUCGUAUAUAUUUUCAUGUAAACCAAACAUGCAUUGGAUUUAUUUUCAAUGCAUUCUAUGUAUGGAAUAACAAAGUUCUAUUAAUAUUAAAAUGCCACAAAGAGGAGCUUUAGAUGUUUA